UCUGCAGAUGCCCUGGUUCCCCUCGAGCCGCUGCUCCAGCUGCUGCCGCCGCUGCCAGGCCGCCGGUGUCUGCGUCUGAUCUUUCCUGCCUGCAGUCUACCAUAUUCAAUGUAGCUAGGACCAUGACAGGCAUCGCCGCUGCCUCCUUCUUCUCCAACACAUGCAGGUUCGGGGGCUGCGGACUUCACUUCGAAUCUUUGUCCGAACUCAUUGUGCACAUCGAGGAUAAUCACAUCGACACGGACCCUCGGGUGCUAGAAAAACAGGAGCUGCAGCAGCCCACCUAUGUGGCCCUCAGCUACAUCAACAGGUUCAUGACGGAUGCUGCUCGCCGGGAGCAGGAGACGCUGAAGAAGAAGAUCCAGCCGAAGCUGUCCCUGUCCCUGACGGGCAGCGUGUCCCGGAACAGCGUGUCCACGCCCCCCCGGCACAGCAGCGGCAGCCUGACCCCGCCCGUCACCCCUCCGAUCACUCCUUCCUCCUCCUUCCGUAGCAGUACUCCUACAGGUAGUGAGUAUGACGAAGAGGAGGUGGACUACGAGGAGUCGGACAGCGAUGAAUCCUGGACCACUGAAAGUGCGAUUAGCUCCGAGGCCAUCCUCAGUUCCAUGUGCAUGAACGGGGGUGACGAGAAGCCCUUUGCCUGUCCCGUCCCGGGCUGCAAAAAGAGAUACAAGAAUGUGAAUGGUAUUAAGUACCAUGCCAAGAACGGCCACCGGACCCAGAUUCGAGUACGCAAGCCCUUCAAGUGCCGCUGUGGCAAGAGUUACAAGACCUCUCAGGGCCUUCGCCACCAUACCAUCAACUUCCACCCCCCGGUGUCUGCUGACAUUAUCCGCAAGAUGCAGCAGUAAUUCCGGUCACAGUGCCAACUGACCCUCCCUCUCUUCCUCUUGAGGAAGACCCCCCCCCCCUUCAUGCUACA